AUGUCUACAGAAAUGACUAAUCAAGAGAUUGAGGGAAAUGAUGAUGUGCCUUACGGCCAAAUCCUUGAAGCGAAUUUCACCGCGAGUGAAGAUCAUCAUUCGACACAUAGUGGUAGCAUUGAAGCAAAUCUUUUCGAGAGUGAAGAAGGUAAUCCUGCGAAUGAUAGGAAACCUGUUUACGUUAAAAGAAUUGAGAUUGAUCCUUCUGAAGAUGAAGCUUAUUCUUAUGUUAGAACCGACAAACUUAGAUACAGAUGGGAAUAA